AGACGAAGACACGACUCCUUUCAAAAAGCACAAGAGACGUCUGCAGCACUACAAACCUUUCAUCGGAAUACUGCCCUUUGCAUUUGCUUAGGGCAAAGCACUGAUUCUCGAAUCUCUCUCCGAACGGAAACCAAACCCUUCGAUUCUUUCGGCGAUGGAGGGGAUAGACCCGAUGGACGUCCUCCGAUCUAAUCUCUCCCGUGUUCGGCUGCCGGAGCCGACGAAUCGCAUCUACAAACACGAAUGCUGCGUCUCCUUCGAUACUCCGAGGUCUGAAGGUGGGUUGUUCAUAGACAUGUCUACAUUUCUUGCAUUUGGGAAGGAUUAUGUUGAUUGGAACUACAGCAAAAGUGGAAACCCUGUUUAUUUGCACAUAAAGCAAACAAAGAAGAUUGUACCUGAGGAUAGACCUUUGAAGAAACCUACUCUUUUGGCUAUAGGUGUUGAAGGGGGAUUUGACAACAAUGAGCCUGAAUAUGGGGAAUCUUACAGUAUAGUCAUUUUGCCCAAUUAUGUUACUCUUCCUUUUCCAUCUGUGGAGUUGCCAGAGAAGGUAAGGUUGGCAGUUGAUGCUAUUUUACUGAACGAAGGUGUUGAAAAGAGAGAGCAACUUGCAGCAUGGACAGCUGAUAAGAAGCAAGUCAGUGCAUAUGCAAUGACUUUGCAACAAAUUGACAAUGGUGUUAUAGUUCCUCCGUUGGGAUGGAAAUGUGCCAAGUGUGAUAAGAAGGAAAAUCUUUGGCUAAAUCUUACUGAUGGAAUGAUCCUUUGUGGGAGGAAAAAUUGGGAUGGAAGUGGUGGCAAUAACCAUGCCAUUGAACACUACAAGGAAACUGGCUACCCUCUUGCUGUAAAGCUUGGGACAAUUACUGCUGAUUUAGAAGCAGCAGACGUUUUCUCCUAUCCGGAGGAUGAUAGUGUUGAAGAUCCUCUUUUAGCACAACAUCUCGCUUUUUUUGGCAUUGAUUUUACAUCAUUGCGAAAGACUGAAAUGACAACAGCUGAAAGGGAGCUUGAUCAUAAUACCAACUUUGAUUGGAACCGAAUACAAGAAAGUGGACAGGAAGUUGAACCUAUAUUUGGACCAGGUUAUACAGGUCUUAUAAAUCUUGGAAACAGCUGCUACUUGGCAGCAACCAUGCAAGUUGUGUUCUCAACACGGUCCUUCAGUGCACGAUACUACAUGAACCAAAACUUAAAAGUGGCUUUUGAUAUGGCUCCUUAUGACCCAACGGUGGACCUUAAUAUGCAGUUAACAAAGCUGGCACAUGGUUUGCUAUCUGGUAAAUAUUCUGUCCCAGCAUCAGAGAAAGAUGGUAGUGCUGCACCCACAACCGAUGCUAAACAGGAAGGGAUUCCCCCUCGUAUGUUCAAAUCAGUUAUUGCUGCCAGCCACCCUGAAUUUUCUACUAUGAGACAACAGGAUGCUUUGGAAUUCUUCCUUCAUUUUCUUGAUCAAGUUGAACGUGCCAAUAGUGGGAAACCUGAAUUGGAUCCCUCUAGGAGUUUCAAGUUUGGUGUUGAAGAGCGUAUCUUGUGUACAUCUGGAAAGGUUGCUUAUAAUAGAAGACUUGACUAUAUCCUUUCAUUAAAUAUACCGCUGCAUGAAGCUACUAAUAAAGAAGAACUGGAAGCUUCUCAGAAAAUGAAGGCAGAAAAGAUUUCAGAAGGGAAAGAUGUGUCCAGUCAUGAAAUUGUACGUCCAAGGGUGCCUCUAGAAGCAUGCCUGGCAAGCUUUUCAGCUCCGGAGCAAAUACCUGAUUUCUAUAGCUCUGCAUUGAAGGCUAAGACAACAGCAAUCAAGACUGCUGGUCUAACUUCUUUUCCUGAUUAUUUGGUAUUGCACAUGAGAAAGUUUGUUAUGGAGGCAGGCUGGGUUCCAAAGAAACUUGAUGUCUACAUAGAUGUUCCUGAUGUGAUAGAUAUUAGCCACAUGCGUAGUAAAGGGCUUCAACCAGGGGAGGAGCUGUUGCCAGAGGGUGUUCCUGAGGAAGAGGCCGAAUCAAGAAAGCCUGUGGCCAAUGAAAAUAUUGUUUCCCAGCUUGUCUCCAUGGGGUUUAACCAUCUUCACUGUCAGAAAGCUGCCAUAAAUACCUUAAAUGCUGGGGUUGAAGAGGCAAUGAAUUGGUUGCUUUCUCACAUGGACGAUCCAGAUAUAGAUGCUCCUAUCUCCAGUGGAGCACAAGCAGCUGAGGCUCCUAUUGACCAAUCCAAAAUUGAUACUUUGAUUACAUUUGGUUUUCAUGAAGAACUUGCUCGGAAAGCACUGAAGGCAUCGGGUGGUGACAUUGAGAAAGCAACAGAUUGGAUAUUUAACAAUCCCAAUGCUUCAACUUCAUCAGAUAUGGAUACUACCUCAUCAAACAACACCACACCUACUACAACUGAUGCAGGGCUACCUGAUGGAGGAGGGAAAUACCGUCUUUUCGGAAUAGUGAGUCACAUUGGUACAUCAACUCAAUGCGGUCACUAUGUUGCUCACAUAUUGAAAGAUGGAAGAUGGGUUAUCUUCAACGAUAACAAGGUUGGAGCUUCCAUUAAUCCACCCAAGGACAUGGGAUAUUUAUAUUUCUUUGAGAGGAUUAAUAGCUGAAUCGGUAGCCAACAGUUGAUGUUAAAGAGGGUAUGAAAUAUAUUCAACAGCAGUGAACGUUACAGAAAUUUCUUCGAACCUUUUGCCUGUCGGCCUUCUCCGAAGGCAUGCUUUUGUCUGAGUGCUUGAUAAGCAUACAUUACAUUCUUUUGGGAAUAUUAAGAUUUCAAUUUCUCUUUAUGAAACAAUUAGGACUGCUGGAACAAUGUGCACCCUUUUUCCAUGAACAAAUUCUCUUCUUCGGUUUCAUUAUUUGUCAUUUUCCCUUUAAAUUCUCCUUCGAAGAAUAGAGAGCCAUGAAGAGUAUCAUCUAUUCAACGAAAGUUAAACUCCAAU